AUGGCUGGAUCAGUUAAUUCCACUGAUGAACAUAGAGCCUUAGAAGCUAUUCUUUAUCGAAAAAACCGUCUCAAUCGUUUAAUUAUUCAUCAGGCCGUUACUAAUGAUAAUAGCGUUGCAACAUUAUCAUCAAACAAAAUAGCUCAAUUAGGAUUAAAUAGUAAUGAUGUUGUUAUUCUUAUAGGUAAAAAAUGUUGCGAAACAGUUGGCAUUAUUCUCGCCGAUGCUGAAUAUACAGAUGAUCGUAUUCGAGUGAGUCCCAUUAUAAAAAACAAUUUACGUGUACGUGCUGGUGAGGUAAUUUCCAUUCAAAAAUGUACAGAUAUUGCAGUUGGUAAACAUAUCUACGUUUUACCUAUUAAUAAUGUACAAACAAUACCAGGCAAUUUACAUGAAGUGUAUUUACAACCUUAUUUUAAUGAAGUUCGUCGACCAAUACGUACAGGAGAUGUUUUUACUGUAUGUGUCGAUACGCGUUCUGUUCACUUCAAAGUUAUUGGAACUGAACCAAGUCCACACUGCAUUGUUACAUCUGAUACAGUUAUACAUUAUAGAGGUGAUCCAAUUAAGCCUGAAGUAGAAGUAUCAUUAGAUGUAAUUAGUUAUGAUGAUAUUGGUGGUGUAACCCAACAAAUAAAACAAAUUAAAGAGAAGUUUGAUGAUAAUGAUGCUCGUAAUCGACAACGUAGUUUUCUCCUCUGGGGAGAACCGGGCACAGGUAAAACAUUAAUUCCACAUGCCAUGGCUAAUCAAAUGGGUGCACAAUUGAUUUCAAUUAAUGGACUGGAAAUUAUGUCCAAAUCAACUGUUGACGCAAACAAGACUUUCACAAACGCAUUCUUGGAGGCUCAAGCGGCAAGUUUAGCUAUUAUAUUUAUUGAUGAAUUUGAUGCCCUUUUACCAAUAAUUAGACAAACACAAAAUGAAAAUGAACAGCAUAUUACAGAUCUAUUAUUAACUUUUUUACGAAAUGUCAACGGACGUUUACAUAGAUAUAUUAUGGUUAUAGCUGCAACAAAUCGAUAUCAGUCAAUUCGUCCGUAUAUUUUUCAUCAUACACUUACUAAUUUUAAAAAAAUUUAUAUUGGCAUACAUAAUGAUACUGCCGAUCGUUUAGAGAUUCUUGCUAAAUGUACAAGAAAUAUGGUGUUAACAAAAGAUGUUGAUCACGUAAAAAUUGCUAAUGAAACAUUUGGUUAUGCCGGUGCAGAAUUAGCUUUAUUAUGUUCAGAAGCUGCUUUACGACGAAUUCAAGAAGAGAUGAACGUUCUCGAAUCACAAGAAGAAACAAAAUAUGUUGAAACUGAUUCAUUAGCUGUUGCACAAAGUAAUUUUGACUUUGUACUGGACCAAAUCAAGCAAACAAGUUUAAAUAGACUUUCUCGUAAUUCUAAUUAA